GUAGAAAGGAUUUGAAGGGUGAAAUGUUCAUUUACAAAUUACCUGGCCAAUAUUAUUAGAAAUGGAAUCAUUGUCACUGCACAAAAUCUGUCGCAUUUGUUUGAAAAGCGACAUCCUUGUUUCCAUCUAUAGUCCAACAUUUUUAAUACGACCCAUUGAAAUGAUGCAGAAGCUAAAAAUAGCCAAUUUUAAUACAAACGAUGAUGCCUUUCCCGCCCUUCUGUGUCAAUCCUGCUUAUAUCGCCUCUUGGAUGCCUACAAUCUACAACAAUUGGCUGAGGCUUCUGAACGACGUUUGAGAGAAUAUUUCUUUGGUAUUCCAUCACAAUCUACGAUGAGCAGUCUGGGUUCGGUGCUGAAUAUAUCCAUCUCACCCAAGCCCCUGGAAACACCCGAUGAUAGUGUGUCAGUUGCAAAUCUAUGCGAUAUGAUGUUCUAUCGUGAUGUCACCAAUGAUAUAGUUGAAGUUGUCGGUGACGAUGUGGAGUUGUUAAAUGACGUUGAAAUCGAUGUUAGUAGCCUAACGCGCUCGGAGGCUGAUGAAACGUUAAGUGAGGUGUUUGGUAGAAAUUCAAGUGUAUCAAUGGAUGCUACCUUAAUUGGGACGUCUCAUGAUGAGGAAAAGCGAUAUGAAAAUAAGAAUAGUGGAAAUAGUCUUUGUGAAAUGCAGCAGCAAGUGGAGGGGAAAAAGAGAAUACAUGAGUCAACAAAGGGUCAAGGGCGAAGUGUUAAGAAAACUCUAAAAAUACCAGAUAAAUGCUUAGAUUGUGGAAAGGUUUUCCACUACAAGGGUUAUUUGUUGAUACACAAACGUGUCCACACCGGAGAAAGGCCAUUUAAAUGUGAGCUUUGCUCGCGAGAAUUUAUUACAUCAACAAAACUUUUAUUGCAUCAACCUACACACAAUGCGACAGAUUGGCGCAAACGUUUUCAAUGUGAAAUUUGUUCGGCAUUUUUUGCAACAUCAUCGAAUUUCAAAUCACACAAAUUGACACACGCGACCGUUCGUAAUUAUUCAUGUGAAAUGUGUAAGAUGUCAUUUAAAUCGCAACGGAAUUUAAAACGACAUCAAGCUGUGCAUCAAGCCAUCGAUAGCGAUGAACGGCAAGACAGUGAGAUCUUUUGUCAAAUAUGUGGAAAAUCAUUUAGCAAACAUGCAUCAUUGAGUGCCCACCUGACAAUGGUGCAUCGUCGUGUACGUAAACAUAAAUGCAGCGAAUGUGAUAAGAUUUUUGGCAAGAAAUCAAAUCUUAUCAACCACAUGAGAACACACAGUGGCGAGAAGCCUUUCGAAUGUCCCACAUGCUAUUGGAAAUUUGCUCAAUCAUCGUCGUUGAGAAGACACAUGAAAAAGCAUAACAAAAGUGGUCCAGUAACAUUAUAAACCUAAUAACAACUCACAUUCAUUACGUUUUCUUUUGAUACUCCUCAUAUAAACGUAAUAGCUCUGAACUUGUUCGAGGCCUCACCACUGUUAAGGCAUAAUCGAAUUGUGUCAUAGUUA